AUGUUGGCUUUAUCUCCUCCCUCGUUUUCAACCAUUGGAUGGCCCUUAGAGGAUCCCAAAAGUCAUGACCAGAACUACUUCUACAGGGAUAGUUUUACGGAUCAAAUUGCAGAGUCAUUUCUUCAUAUCCUUCCAUCUCAGCUGCCACAAGUUGAGCCUGCUCGGUCCACACCAUCCACAACUGUAAGCGGAGAGUACGCCGGCGUUUCCACCAUGGUGAAGAAGCUUAACCAUAAUGCUAGUGAGCGUGAUCGUCGACAGAAGAUCAACAGCUUGUAUUCUUCAUUGCGUUCACUGCUUCCUGCAGAUCAAAUGGUAGAAAGAAGUUAUAGAUUAGAAUGUGAGAAUUUAAAAGAGAAGCUCAUGUCCUUCUAUGCCUGA